AAACAAACGAGACGAGGGAGGGAGGCAAGGGAAAAGAGGAAACUCCUCUUCGCCCUUUUCCUGUUCGUGGCAUCUUGCGCUGCGCAGCGUUAGCGACACCACCGGGAGCUGUGCGCAUAUUUCCUAUCGGUGUGAGGAGCACCGCAGGCGGAGGCUUCCGAGCAGAUCGACAGGCAGUGCGGGUCUCUACGCCCGAUAUGAAAGAGCUUCUAUCCUGAUGCAUCGAUGCGGGAGGAACUGCGACUCAUGGGGCGCUGAUUUGCGUUUUGCAUUUUUACAAACUCGGAUGUGUGUUUUUUUGGUGGGGAGGUUUUUUUGCACGACCCGAGAGGCCUCGCUUCCUGCAGCUCUAUUUUUUUUAUUCGAUUUUUUUAAAAUAACUGCUGCAGGCUGAGAAACGAGCUUUCAGUCCCGGUUGAGCGUUACAUAACCGAGUGGCUUUAGCUGUCCAAGGUGCUGAACCGAGCGGUCGAACCUCAAAACGGGGGACGAGCUGUGGGGAAAUACACAACCUUGUAAGGUCAAAGGCCUGGAAAGCACUGGAUCCCACCGCGGAGAGCAGAAGUGGAAAACCGGUGAAGAUUGGUUAAAUUGCCCACAUUUUUUUUAUUAUUUUUUAUUUUUUACUCCACGCCAUCCCUCGGGGGAGAAAUUAGUUUCUGCGGUGGUUGCCAGAGCGGAGAGGGAAAAUGUCGGGGCAGACGCUCACGGAUCGCAUUGCCGCUGCGCAGUACCAGCUAACGGGAUCGGAUAUGGCCCGGGCUGUCUGCAAAGCCACCACUCACGAAGUGAUGGCGCCCAAGAAGAAGCACCUGGAAUACCUAGUGUCGGCCACCAACACCACCAAUGUAAACAUCCCUCAGAUGGCUGACACGCUGUUUGAGCGAUCCACCAACGCCAGCUGGGUGGUCGUCUUCAAGGCUCUCGUCACCACUCAUCACAUAUGCGUCCAUGGCAAUGAGAGGUUCAUUCAGUAUUUGGCUUCCAGGACCUCCUUGUUCAACCUCAGUAAUUUCAUUGACAAAACUGGCUCUCAUGGCUAUGACAUGUCUACAUUCAUCAGGCGGUAUGCACGAUACCUGAACGAGAAAGCCUUUGCCUACCGCCAAAUGGCUUUUGACUUCACCAGGGUGAAGAAAGGUGCCGAGGGUGUGAUGAGAACCAUGACCACCGAGAAGUUGCUGAAAGGCAUGCCUGUCCUGCAGACUCAGAUCGACACACUCUUGGAGUUUGACGUUCAUCCGAAGGAGCUGAACAAUGGGAUCAUCAAUGCUGCCUUCAUGCUUCUCUUCAAAGAUCUAGUGAAGCUGUUUGCAUCCUAUAACGAUGGAAUCAUCAACCUGUUAGAAAAGUUCUUCAAGAUGAAAAAAAGUGACUGUAAGGAGGCCUUGGAGAUUUAUAAGAGGUUCCUGACCAGGGUGACGAAAAUUGGGGAGUUCAUGAAGUUGGCUGAGACAGUCGGAGUGGACAAAAAUGACAUUCCUGACAUCAACUAUGCUCCCAGCAGUAUCCUGGAGUCUCUGGAAACACACAUGAACGGUCUGGAGGACAUAAAAGGUGGAAAGAAAGGGUCUCCAACAAAGGGGUCUCCAACAAACAACGUGUCUCCAACAUCGACUCCAGCCAAAUCUUCAAAUGCCGUUCCUACGCUGCAGCCGCCUCCUGGGGACGGAGCCGCCGCCGCCGCUGCUCCUGAGCCAGCUGAAGAUUCUUUGUUGGACUUGGAUCCUCUGGCCUCCACUGGUCCCACAGCGCCAUCAGCUGCACCGACAUCUUGGGGAGACCUGCUUGGAUCAGAAAUGGGCGAUUCCUUGCUAUCUGAACCCCCACUCGCCGCAGAGGCCGCCCCCUCCCCUGCAGCAGCAGCGCCCACUCCUGCAGCGGCAGAACCUGGCGUCUCUCUAGCUCCUCCCACUAGCACAGCAGCCGCCACUUCCCCUGGUGCCGCCAAUAUGGAUCUGUUGGGAGACGCCUUUGCUACACCUGCUCCUUCCUCUGAGACUACUGCUGCAGCAGCAGAGGGUGGGGCUGCUGCUUCGUCCACCCCAGCCACUAACUCUGGAGCUGACCCUUUUGCGCCGUCGGAUGGCAAAACCAACACUGCAUCUUCAGGUCUAGAUCUUUUUGGGAUGAUGACAGUGGAGAACAGUAGCUCACUGGACGUCUGUUUUAGCUCUAUGGAGACUCAGCCCUCCCCUUCCCCAUCCCCUUCACCGCUCUUCACCUCCACAUCCACCACCAUCACCACCACUGCAACCAUUUCAGGCUCCGGCAUCAACAGCACAGCGACGGACCUUUUUGGUGAUAUGUUUGACUCCAUGCCAGACUCAAGCUUCUCCAAAACGGACCCAUUACCCAGCACUGACUUGUUUUCAGCAGAGCCUACAGGAGGGGACGCCCCAGCUGCUGCUGCUGCUGCAGCUGCACCAGCUGCUGCUGCUGCUGCUCCUGCUGCAACUGCUGCGGCUCCAGGUUCAGAGCUCAUGUCAGUAUUUGAUGGGCUAGGCGACAUAAUGAAGCCCACUGUGACCCCUCAAGCGGGUGAUGUUGACACCUCCAUGGCUAACAUGGCAAGUAACCUCACAAUGGGAACUGCAGCGGCUCCUCAGGUAGCUCCCCCUAGUUGGGGUGCACCCAUGGCACCAGUUGCCGGAGCACCAAUGAUGCCCAUGGCCAGGCCAGGCUUCCCUGCUGCAGGAGUGACCCCGGGGGCACCGAUGUCUCCUGGAAUGGCCCAAAGCCCCAGAAAGCCCCCACCACCCAGGAACGCUCUGGAUGACCUGAAUAUCAAGGACUUCAUGUAGACUGCCUGACCCAUUAACCCCAAGGUUUGUCAUUGUGUCUGGAGAUCUGUGGAUAUGGAUGUCUGCAACCCCCUCACCCCUCCAGCCCCUUCUUCAGCCAGCCAGCCAUCAUCUCUUUGGUCUUUUCCCUCUAACCCACCCACCAGCCUUGACUCUUGUAACAAACUCUCCCUACCUAUCUAAUGUUGUAGCACAACUGUGAAUAUGAACCCUAGAUACAGAAAACCAGAGUUAUGUUUCAAUGUGUGUGAGUGUGUGUGUAUUUCAGUGUUAACCUUUACUUAAUAUACUAUGGAAACAUAAAAUGACCCCAAAAAAAAAAAAAGUCAAUAAAUGUGUAUUUAGAAUCAUUCAGCAUAUCAGCUGACUUGGAAUGGUGGAAAUAUGUUGGUUUCUUUUUGCAUCAACCAGACAAGGACUGUGUUUAAAGUUAAAUGUGGACUGUGUUCAGUGUAACUUCACUCGCCAACCCCUAAGUCACUCUCCUCUGACCCAGAUGUCCAAACCAGUACUGAGCGAUGUUUCAUGUCAUUAUUAACUUGCUUGUACCCAUAUUGGCUUGGGAUUCAUCCUCCCACCUGUCAACCUCACGACACAAAAGCACCAUAACUGAACUUGCACUGUUCAUCCGGACUUACAAUUGAGCACAUCUGCUUUCUGUUUUACAUUCAGUUUCCUUCAUUUUGACAUUGUGUGAAACAUGCAAACAAAAAAAACAAAACAAAAAAAAUAAGAUUGUGAACUGUUUGAAUUGACAUAUGCAUUUUAGACUACUUUAAAAGACAGAUUUUACAUAUUUUCAGUAAUCUUUAUUGUUGAAAAAGUAUAAAUAUAUUUAUUUUUAGUUACUUUAAAUUAAAGAAAAAGAGCAAGUUCGCAUAAAUUUCCACGUUUUCUUUGUUCUUACUUCUCUGUCAAAAAGAGAUGGUAUUGAAUGGAGUGUGUUCUGUGGCGCCCCAUGCUGGUGUGAAGUGAUACUGCAAUAUAGCAUGCAACAGGCCGAUCUGGGAUGCAUUUUAAUAAUCUCAGUGAGCUUCUUUUUUUUUUGUCUUGGUCUUAAACACAAGUAGAAGUUACAGUGAAGGACAAAGUUUGUGUGAUUGCAAUGGGGUUUUAGCUCUUUUUGGGUCAUUUCUGAUGCAGCAGCAGUCGGUACAUUUGCUCAUGUGCAGCCUCUGGAUUUUACAGGCUUACUGUAAAAAACGCAAGUGUUCACUGGAUGUUUCUCUGUGUUACUUAUUUUAAAAAGGUGACUGUACUUUAAUCCAUUGUGGCAUUAAGUGGUAUUAAUUGUUGAAAGAAAAAUAAAAGACGAGUAUGACACAUUAAAAAGAUUGUGGAUAAGUAAUGUUUGUUUGGUAAACGAAGGCUGAUUGCCCAUUGUUUUUGGUUUUUGUUAUAAUGAAUGGUAUCGUCCACUCUCCUGGCCUGCAUGUGAGUCCGAAUUAGAUGCAAUAAAAGGCAAAUAACACA